CUUCAUUUUCCUCACCCCCCCCCUUGGAACUUCAAACCCCUUUCUCUCUCUCUAGACUUUAACCCUCUUCUCUCUCAAGGUAGGUCUCUGUCAAACCAGUGACCCCAAACUUUUAAAAACCACCCUAAAACCUCCUUUCAUUAAUCUUUCUCAACAAUGUUCAAAAGGGCUUUCUUUUGUUUUGCCUAUACGGCCCUGUAAAAAGUCUCUACUCACGAAACCUAUUUCUUUCCCUGGACCAGCUUGUUUAUAGCACCCGAUCUGUGUUCACACCAUUUGCCAUUCUCUCUUUCAUAUAUUCGCUUAUAAAGCUUUGCUGAGAAUCAAGAGAGAGUGCAAAAAGUGUUUGUAAUCUUUGGUUUGUGGGGACUUUCUAUCAAAAUCAACCUAAAUACCACCAAUAUAGGAAAGCGGGGCCAAGAAUCUAACAAGCAAGAGACUGAUAUGUGUAGCAUGUAUUGCUGCUGGUUAGGGUUUUAAAGGUCAAUGGCUAUCUGUGUCUCCCAACAUGAGGUUUCUAGUGACCAGCUUACCACUGCAUUUAAGACAAGAAAAUAGUUGCCCUAAGCUCUUAGUCCCCUUCUCCAAAUAAUCCAUACGAACCCAGAAUAUCCAUACCGUCGCCAUUCGAGCACUUUGUUAACAUGUUUAGCCCCAACUUAUUUGAGAGUCCCCAUAUGUUCGACAUGUCUCAUAAGACCUCGGAAAGUGAACUAAUGGGGAAGAUCAGGGAUGAUGAUUAUGAGAUCAAAUCAGUCAAUGAAACUAUGGAUGCUCCCUCUGGAGAUGAUCAAGAUCCUGACCAACGCCCUAAAAAGAAGCGUUAUCAUCGUCAUACCCAGCAUCAAAUCCAGGAGAUGGAAGCAUUCUUUAAGGAAUGCCCUCACCCUGAUGAUAAGCAAAGGAAGGAGCUUGGCCGUGAGCUAGGGUUAGAACCUCUACAAGUCAAGUUUUGGUUCCAAAACAAGCGCACCCAAAUGAAGGCCCAACAUGAACGCCAUGAAAAUGCUAUACUGAAGGCUGAGAAUGAAAAACUCCGAGCUGAGAAUAAUAGGUACAAGGAAGCUCUCAGCAAUGCUACAUGCCCCAGCUGUGGAGGCCCAGCUGCCCUUGGAGAGAUGUCAUUUGAUGAGCAACAUUUGAGAAUAGAAAAUGCUCGGUUAAGGGAAGAGAUUGAUAGGAUAUCUGGAAUAGCUGCUAAAUAUGUUGGCAAGCCUUUAUCUUCAUUGCCUCACCUUUCAUCUCAUUUACAUUCGCGCUCUGUUGAUCUUGGAGCUAGCAAUUUCGGGAAUCAAUCAGGAUUUGUAGGGGAAAUGGAUCGCAGUGGUGAUCUUCUGAGGUCUGUCUCUGGACCUACAGAAGCGGAUAAGCCCAUGAUUGUUGAGCUUGCUGUUGCUGCAAUGGAGGAACUAAUACGAAUGGCCCAAUCUGGGGAACCUUUGUGGGUUCCUGGGGACAAUUCUACAGAUGUGUUGAACGAAGAUGAAUACUUAAGAUCUUUCCCUAGGGGAAUUGGACCAAAGCCUUUGGGGUUGAGGUCUGAAGCUUCAAGAGAAUCUGCAGUUGUCAUCAUGAAUCAUGUCAACUUAGUUGAGAUUCUCAUGGAUGUGAAUCAAUGGUCAAGUGUGUUUUGCGGUAUUGUUUCAAGGGCUAUGACUUUAGAAGUCCUAUCAACUGGAGUUGCAGGAAACUACAAUGGGGCCUUGCAAGUGAUGACGGCUGAGUUCCAAGUCCCUUCACCACUUGUACCAACUCGGGAAAAUUAUUUCGUGAGGUACUGUAAGCAGCAUAUUGAUGGAACUUGGGCAGUGGUUGAUGUUUCCUUGGAUAAUUUACGCCCUAACCCAAUGUCCAAGUGUAGAAGAAGGCCCUCAGGUUGCUUGAUCCAAGAAUUGCCAAAUGGAUACUCUAAGGUUAUAUGGGUCGAGCAUGUAGAAGUGGAUGAUAGAGCUGUCCACAACAUAUACAGACCAGUAGUUAAUUCCGGUCUAGCUUUUGGAGCAAAACGUUGGGUGGCUACGUUGGAUCGACAGUGUGAGCGUCUAGCAAGUUCAAUGGCCAGUAACAUUCCAGCAGGGGAUCUAUGCGUUAUAACAAGCCCAGAAGGGAGGAAAAGUAUGUUGAAGUUGGCAGAGAGGAUGGUGACUAGCUUUUGUACAGGUGUUGGUGCUUCAACGGCCCAUGCUUGGACAACUUUAUCGGCAACAGGCUCCGAUGAUGUGCGGGUUAUGACCCGAAAGAGCAUGGAUGAUCCAGGAAGGCCUCCUGGUAUUGUACUUAGUGCUGCAACUUCCUUCUGGAUCCAAGUUCCACCAAAGAGGGUAUUUGAUUUCCUAAGGGAUGAGAACUCUAGAAGUGAGUGGGAUAUCCUAUCAAAUGGUGGCCUAGUUCAAGAAAUGGCUCACAUAGCUAAUGGUCGUGAUCCAGGCAAUUGUGUCUCUUUACUCCGCGUAAAUAGUGCAAACUCUAGCCAAAGCAACAUGUUGAUACUUCAAGAGAGCUGCACUGAUGCUACAGGGUCCUACGUGAUAUAUGCCCCGGUCGAUAUUGUUGCAAUGAACGUUGUCUUAAGUGGCGGGGACCCGGAUUAUGUCGCACUAUUGCCAUCCGGUUUCGCAAUUCUUCCCGAUGGUCCAGGAGUUAAUGGAGGAGGGAUUCUCGAAAUCGGCUCGGGUGGCUCUCUCCUUACCGUUGCUUUCCAGAUUUUGGUUGAUUCAGUUCCCACAGCAAAGCUUUCUCUUGGAUCAGUGGCGACUGUCAACAGUCUAAUUAAAUGCACGGUUGAAAGGAUCAAGGCUGCCGUAAAGUGCAAUAAUGCUUGACCAAACAUGAUAUAAAAAAAGGGAAACGAGAAGAAAAGGUGUUUGUCCGAAAACAAAUUUAACGAUUGAAGAAGUCAAGAGCGCACCUUUCAAUUCAUCCUUUGCGGUCAUGGUGUUCUGUAAGAAGGCAAAAUCACCAAGCCUGCAAGGAUAGUAGGUUCGGGAAUUGACUUUGCCAACGAGAUUCUAAUAUUAGAUAUGUUGGGAGAACUCCCCAUUUUGUGUAGGCUAAGAGUUCAAUGUAGGAGUGGACUUUAUACUAGUCUAAUUUCUUUCCGGUUUCAUGUGUUAUUGUUGAAGCAUUAGUUAAUUUGGACUUAUUCCUCCAUUAACAAACAUUUGUUAAUUUCUGCUUUAUAUUUUGUUUUGGUUGUUUCAUAAAUUAAUGAAUAGCUUAGCUGCUGCCUUUCUCCUA